AUUUUUUUCUCUGAUUAUACAGAUUUUGCUCUUUUUCGUGGGUACAGUUAUUUUGUGAGCUGUUCUUGUAUUGCACUGUAGAGAUUCAGUCAUGGAGAAGAAGGUUAUUGACUGGGUCGACCACGAACAUCCUUUGAUUCUCACUGAAAAUGUGAGUAAAGACGAGACUCCAAAUUGUUAUGGGUGUGGUAUUCCCGUGGUUGAUUUGGAGGUGGCAUAUGUUUGCACGGUGCAAAAUUGUUCGAAUAGGAUUAUCCUCCACAAGAAAUGUGGAGAUUUACCUUGUCAAAUUUUGCACCCUAAACACCCUCGACAUCCCCUUCAUCUAUUUGAUUACCACCCAUCACCCUCAUACUUUUGUAGUAUUUGUAUGUGUGAUAUGGUUAAGGGGCUUGGGUACCAAUGUUCAAGUUGUGAUUUCGACGUUGACUUAAGAUGCGAAAGAAUACGUGUUGAUGAUAGAUUAGAGGGGAAAAUACAAGUAGAACACCCAAGUCACCCUGAUCACCCUUUGACACUGAUGAGAAAGCCUUUAUUUCCAUUUUGUUGUGAUGGUUGUGGUGUUAAGGAUGUGGACAUGGCUUAUAUAUGCUCAACAUGUGAAUUUAUGGUACACAAAACUUGUGCGUCGUUGCCCCUCAUUCUCCCCAUAAAUCUCCAAUACCACCACCACCAUCUAUCUCUUGCCUUUAGUUUUCCCAUGGAUCAUCACAGAUUCAUACGCGAUUGUGAUGUUUGUUAUAAACUAUUAGACAAAACCUGCUGGGUGUAUUUUUGUGGUGAUUGCAGAUUCUUUGCCCAUAUCAGGUGUGUUGCACUUGCACCCACGAAUGCUGAGACACACUCAAAUUCAGACGGUGAUGAUAAAGAUGGUUUGAAUGUGAUUGAAUUCCCGCUACAUGCACAUGACAUAUCAAAGGAGGUAAUCGAACCUUUUGUGAUGAGAGAAAAAGGUCUUAACAACAUCCCAGAAGUAGCAGACAUGCCAGCAGAAGUGCAUAUGCCGCAAACCACAGCAAGUUUUUCAUUUUUAUCCAAUUAUCACGACCAUCCUUUGCGUAUGGUUUCAGAAUUGUCCAAUAAAGAUGAUGAAGUUGAUCACAACAAUAUGAUGGAUGAGAGUGACGAAGAUGACGAGUUGAAGAUAUGUGAUGUGUGUGUAACACCCAUACUUUCUCCUCCAUACUACGAGUGCGCUCCUUGCAAAUAUUUUGCGCACUCCAUUUGCUACUUGCUUCCAAAAACUUUAUCUUCUUCUCCUCACUUGUAUGGUGAUUGCCCAAACACGCAUGAUAAAGGCCAUAAACUCACACUCUACACAAGCUCAGGAUUUAUAGAUAUGGAUCCAAAUCUUUGUAGGUGUGAGAUUUGUGGUUUUCUAACAAACGGUAUGGUGUAUGAGUGCGAAGGGUGUGAGAUAAAGAUGGAUGUUAAGUGCGCUUCGCUACCGAGAACUAUCAGACAUGCGUCUCACCCACAUCAUAGGCUGCUAGUCUUGACUAGAAUACCAGCAGCAGAAGGGAAAGUUUGCCAUUACUGCAGACAUUUGUUGGAUGACUGCAUUGCAUAUUGCUGCAACAGCAACGACUGCGGCUUUGCGUUGGGCUUGGAAUGUGCUAUGCUGCCUGCGAGCAUAACAAUGCGUGAGUGGGACAGAUACCAUUCAUUGAAGCUGUCAUUCAAUGCCUCUCUCGACCAUCCCUCCGGCUUCGUUUGUGAUUUUUGUGAGACUGAAAUGAAUCCAAAGGGGUGGAUGUAUCACUGUCGCCAAUGUGACAUUUCUUUCCACUUUUUUUGUCAAAGAGCUGCAUCCGGCUGGUAUAGAAACAUCAAAUUUGGGCGCCGAUUUGUGUUGGACGGGAUUCACCCAAAUCACCCUCUCACAUUCAAUCACAUCACUAUCAAGAGAAGAUGCAACCUUUGUUAUAAGAAUGUGUAUGACUACUGUGGGUUAGAAUGUGCAUCAUGUUACUAUGUUGUGUGCAUGACAUGUGCUAGGACAGAGUUUGCUAAAAUGAUGUAAUUUGCAACUUAAACGGACAACAUCUGACAUUAUCUA